AUGGGCUUUGCGAGCAUGAUGUCCCGCGGUACGCUCGUUCACGCACAUAUGGAACAGAGCACGAUGCUUAUGAACCAAGGCUUCUCGCGCAGUAAAUGCAAGAGCAGGACACAGACUCGGGCCGUCGCGACGGGCAUCACCAGCGACGAGGCGUUCCGCCUGACUGAGAAGAAGGCGUCCCCGGCUACAAAGGCCAAACGAACCAUAUCCUCCGCGUGGAAGCGUGUCAAGGCAGUCACUCGACUCCUCAGCGGCGGUCGCCCGGGCCGGACUACCCCAAGCGCGACCAACCAUGCACCCAUCCUCCCAUCCCUUCGAGAGAAAGUCAUGGACGGCAUAGAAGCCCAGAUUUGCUGCUCUGUGGACGAAUGGGUCGAGUCGGCGUCUUCUUCCGUCUUUGCCGUGGACGGGGCGACGACAUCCACCAUGGAUGGAUACGAGGCAGACGACGACCGCUGCUUGGCCGUCGACAGCAGUCUGGACGAGAGCUUCGAGGUUGUUGCCGAUCCCGACAUGGAACAGAUGAACAAGGCGCAGGAACUGUUCACGCCGACUACCGAUUACUUCCAAAUACUUCAAAAGGAGCUGGCGAGUGACCGAGACGUCGCCGAUGCCGAUGCCGAUGACGAAGCAUCCUUGGACAGUCACGAGGACGAUCACCUUUGGAACGAGUCCUCUGACUAUGGACUGUCCAUCAUUGAAGAAGAGUGA